AUGGAUGCCGAUGUCGUUGGGAUCGAUAUCGAUGAUGACGAUGGCGACGAUGCUGUCAUAUUCAGCAUCUCCAAUGACUGCCACAGUGAGGACGAUGACGCCCUCACUGGUGAAGACAACGUUCUUGCAGCAGUGCACACGAAGCGCACUGGUGUUGACAAGGAUGAGCCAUCAGAGGAAUUUCUGCUGACUCGCGAAGCGGUUGUCCACUUCCGUUCAAGACUCUAUUGCAGAUGCACUAGACCGACAGAAGAGAAGACGUAG